CGGUCACGGUCAUUGCGCGUACGCAUACACCAGAGCGUACUCCCGGCGUACGCCUUGACUUAUACACCUGCUACCUAGCCGCAUGAACCCCGAAGAACGGCGCACGCGCGUGACGCGCGCAACGAGGCCGCCGACCGCGACGCGACCGACCAUCGCGUCCCAGGCGCGUACGCCCGGGUCGGCCUCAACCCGGCCUGCGCUGCGCUCAGUAGCCGCAUCAACACUUGCGAGCACACCCGUGCAGAGACCCAUAACGUCUACGAAACGGGAUUCCUUGCAAGCAGAGCUAGAGAAAGAUCCCCAAUUGUCCUCUGCGAAACGCCAGCAGCGCACGCAGGCAUUCUCUUCCUCGAUCGCCCAGUCCUCGCUCGAGCGGCAGGUCGUCUCGCUGCAGGCCACCAAGAAUGAGCUCGAGAACAAGCUGCGAGACAAAGACGCCGAGAUCGAGCGGCUCGAGACGGAGCGGCGGUUCCUGUCUGACCGUGAAGCGGAGGAGAAGGGCGCGCGGCAGAGCUCGCACACACAAUGGGAGGUGGAGAAGCGUAACCUCCACAACACUCUCAAGACACUCCGCGCUGCGUAUGAGACGCUGCAGGAGGAGCAUACCGAUCUCACCGACGAGCAUGAUCGGAUGCGCCGCAAGGGCGCGUCCGAGCAAGACGCGCUACGCCUGGAGGUCUCCCGCCUCGCCAAACACCUCGAACACCUCUCCCAGGAGCUCGAGGAGUACAAGACCGUCUCCGACGAUCGUGCACGCCGCAUCGCCGAGCUCGAGGCUGCCGCCGCCUCCGCUCCCGCCGACGCGCGCCCGGAUCUGGCGGACCGCUCAAGCGACGACAUUAUCACCGCCGAGCUCGCAAGGCAGACUACGUACAUCUCGACCCUCGAGCGGAGGAACGAGCGCCUGUCCUCCGAGGUCGACGCGCUCCGGGCGCGGCAUGCGAGCGUGGAAGUGCUGAGGGAGGAGAACCGGUCGCUGCAGAAGAAGGUCAAGGCCGUUGACGAGCUGCGCGAGGCGCUCGGGCAAGCGGAGGCGGAGCGGGACCACUGGCAGCAGCAGGCGAGCGCAAAGUCCGGGGAUUCGACGCAGGCGGCGGAGCUGGCUGCGGAGGUGUCGAAGCUGCGAGGAGCGCAGGCUCAGCUCGCGGAUGACCUCGGAAACAAGAGCGCAGCGCUGAGGGUGAAGCAGACGGAGUUGAUGGUCAUGGCUGGGGAACUCGACGCGGCAAAGCGAGAGCUCGACGCGGCGAAGAGCGAAAUCGACGAACUGAAGGACAAGGAGCGUCGUCUCAAUGACCGUGUCACUCUUGGGGAGCGCGAGAUCGGCUUCCUCAAGUCCAUGGUGAGCACUUACGAGCGCGAACAGGACAAUGCCCCUGGCGGUGACGAAUCCAUGUCCGUGGACGGCGAUUCAUCAACCGCCAUCAGCCCCGCCGCCACGCUCCGCAUCCAAAGCCUCGAGGAGCUUCUCGCCGAGUACAAGUCCACGAACGAGAAGCUCGCCGCCGAGGUCGCCCGCGCGGGCGAGCACCCGAGCGACCUCUUCCAGCAGACCGAGCAUCUGCGCGCCGAGCUCAAGGCCUCCGAGGAGAAGCACGCGGAGACGCUGGAGCAGCUCGACCAGCUCGAGCAGACGCUCUUCGAGCUCGGCGGCGAGAUCGCCGGCGGGCGCUACGUGCCGCCGAACACGCGCAUCCUCGCCGCGACGGACAGCCCGGAGGCGCACUGGUUCGCGGCGCGCACCGAGGCGCUCGAGGCGCUCAAGAAGGAGAACGAGGCGCUGCGGCAGCAGAUCUCGGAGGGCGCGAACGCGAACGCGGCGCUCCCGCAGGCGAGCGCGGACGCGUGGCAGCACGAGAAGGCCGCGCUCACGCAGGAGCUCGCGCAGGCGCACAAGCGGUGGCAGCGCCUGAAGCAGGUGUUCAACGCGAAGGCGGAGGAGUUCACGGAGACGGUGCGGAACGUGCUCGGCGUGAAGGUCGCGUUCUUCGGGAACGGGAGCGUGCGGGUGACGAGCGUGUACGACCUGGAGGCGCAGUUUGCGUUCGAGCCGAUCAAGGAUGGGAAUGCGGGCGAGGCGCGGAAGAUGCGGAUGGUGGGGAAGGGGAGGGGUGGUGGGGAGGAUGUGGACGAGCAGAUGGAGUAUUGGAUACGGAAGGAGGGGUCGAUUCCGUGUUUCCUGGCGACGAUGACGCUGGUCAGCUUUGAGAAGUGGAAACAGGAGCAGAUCGAGAAGGGGGCGUUGUGAUCAUAGCGGGCGUCUGGCGUGUACAUCUGUAUCAGUAUAUCUAUGCGUUGCUUUCUUGCUGUAAGUAUCAUGUCCAUUCUGGCGACGGCCUUCAGCUCGCU